UUGGAGGGGAAGCUGACGCGUGCGGGGUCCCUCGUUUUGUCUCGAUUUAAAGGAAGCUCGUCGUGCAUUCCUAACUCUAGUUUACCGCAGUUCGUCGGUGGAAACGUGUGUUAACCUUUGUCUUGCAGGUUGAUAACUCGUCUCGUAAAAUUAUAGCAUAACUUACUUUUCGUGUGCCGGUUAACUUUCAUCGAACAAAAAUGACCACCAAACCUGCGUACAAAGUGGCUGACAUGUCUCUGGCGUCUUGGGGUCGCAAAGAAAUCACUUUAGCGGAGAACGAAAUGCCGGGACUUAUGGCAAUUAGGAAAAAGUACGGUCCCAUGAAAAUUUUGAAAGGUGCGCGAAUCGCGGGUUGUUUGCACAUGACUGUGCAAACGGCGGUUCUUAUUGAAACUCUUGUUGAGCUAGGCGCGGAGGUUCAAUGGUCAUCGUGCAAUAUAUUCAGCACGCAGGAUCACGCGGCAGCAGCUAUAGCAGAGACAGGUGUCCCCGUGUACGCGUGGAAAGGCGAAACAGACGAAGAGUAUCUUUGGUGUAUAGAGCAGACUCUCGUCUUUAACGAUGGCAAACCGCUAAACCUGAUCCUUGAUGAUGGUGGCGACUUGACCAAUUUGGUUCACACCAAGUUUCCACAAUAUUUAAAGGACUGUCGCGGCAUUUCAGAAGAAACCACCACUGGUGUACAUAAUCUGUAUCGCAUGAUGAAAGAAGGAACGCUCAAAGUUCCGGCUAUUAAUGUGAAUGACUCUGUAACCAAGAGUAAAUUCGACAAUUUAUACGGAUGCAGAGAGUCAUUGAUCGACGGUAUCAAGCGAGCCACAGAUGUGAUGAUCGCGGGAAAAGUCUGUGUGGUAGCCGGAUAUGGUGAUGUUGGCAAAGGAUGCGCGCAGAGUCUCAGAGCACUUGGUGGUCGCGUCAUAAUCACUGAAAUUGACCCUAUUAACGCACUUCAAGCAGCUAUGGAAGGAUACGAGGUGACAACAAUGGAAGAAGCAUCAACCAAGGGACAGAUAUAUGUCACCACCACUGGGUGUAAAGAUAUUAUAUUAGGUCAGCACUUUAUGAACAUGCCAGAAGAUGCUAUAGUAUGCAACAUUGGCCACUUUGAUUGUGAGAUAGAUGUUGCUUGGCUCCAAAAGAAUGCGGUCGAGAAAGUAAACAUUAAGCCCCAAGUAGACAGAUACACGUUGAAGAACAGCAGACACAUCAUUGUCCUCGCGGAGGGUCGUUUAGUUAAUCUUGGAUGUGCGACGGGACACUCGAGUUUCGUGAUGAGCAAUUCGUUCACAAAUCAGGUGUUGGCACAGAUAGAGUUGUGGACAAAAGCAGAAUCCUACUCACUCGGUGUUCACAUGUUACCAAAGAAAUUGGACGAAGAGGUUGCAGCGUUACACUUGGAUCAUCUUGGCGUAAAGCUUACAAAACUAACAGACGAGCAGGCAAAGUACCUUGGCGUCCCUGUGGAAGGACCUUACAAGGCUGAUCAUUACAGAUAUUAAUUGCCAUUCAGAGUUCAGAGGCCUUUAUGUACUUCUAUUUGAUAUUAUAACGAAAACACGGCGACGUUUUUAACUAGAUUGUCAAUUAUCAAAGUUCUAGUUACUCAUUUAUUAUUUGCAAUGUCAACAUCCAAUAUUGUGUCUUACUUCUUAAGGUUCAUAAAAAACGUAAUUCAUUAAAAAAUCAAUUUAAUUAAAAAGAUUUGUGUACUUUGAUUAUGGAAGAAAAAAUAAAGCCAGUUCCAAUUGAAGUUAGCCCCUUAAUAAAGGUAGUAAUUGAUACUUGUUA